AUGGCGGCCAAGUUGGCUUUAGUUAAGCCUGGCGCACACAAUGCGAUUUUUGUUGGCCGAUAAAAAUCGUUUGACAUACCGAUAUACAUCGUUAUACUCCCCACACGGUUACGAAAAAAAUACACUCCCUGAGCUGUAGCCGCCAUGUUGCCAAAUAAAUAGAAGCACGUGAUCACAGCAUGUAAUCUGAUUGGUUAUACUUAAAAUUCCACCGAGAAAAAUCGUAUAAUAUCAAAACGUUUUGAUGUUGUCCGAUUAGAAUCGAGCAACAAAAAUCGGUUAAAAAUGACACUGCACACACAACGAUUUUGUUAGUUUUAGUCAAACGAUUUUUAUCGGCCGACUAAAAUUGCAUUGUGCACCAGGCUUAAGCCAAAUCAUAAAUAAUUCUUAAUAUAUUUUGACAUGUAUCCUACUUUCUUUUGGUUUAGAAACAAAACGUUGCCAUUUAUGGCUUUCAAGAUAUUUGAUGCGGGAAAUGCAGUCUCAGAGGCCCUAGAAUUAAAAAAAUCUCCAGGGGGCAUGCCCCUGGACCCCCCUAGGAGACUCGCGUCUUCAACGGUUGCUUGUUAAGCCCCCCCCCCCUAAUCUCGAGACUGUGGCCACGCCACUGCUCACUAUGUCUACAGUAUGAAAAUAUUGGCAAAGAUGAUGACCUUGAUGAGGAAUUGUUACAGACAUCGAUAACCAGCUUUACAAGACAUCAGCCACAGUGUGCCUCGGAUUCAGAAGGAAGUGAAACAGAGCAGGUAUUUGAAGUUCUUUGAACAUCUUAAUAUAUGUUAUUAUAAGACAGUACCUUACCACUGACCAAACUUUCUCUCGGUUUCAACACAUACAACACACACGAGCAUAACUUACAAAAAGAUCGAGUAGAGUCCAUGAGAAAAACAGAUUUUGCAUUUGUUACAAAAUAUUCGCUACAACCAAGUGUAAAUACCCAAGCAAAAUUAUUACUCCUGCUCCGGAACAGCGCAAUGCAUUGUUGCCUCAGAGAGAAUACUAAUGUGCAGUAGGGAUGGUUAGUAAAUUGGGGUUAGUACAUCUAUGACAAAUUUCAGGGUUUGUUUGAAAAUAAAAGUACCGAUAAGCUUUUAAAGGUAGGAAAACCAUUUAUUGUUAUUGCAGCAGUUUUGACAUAAGUGUUUUGGGUGGAGACCUUAAGAUUAACUAACUGCAUUUUUACUGCAGAUCCACUUUGCUGAAUGAAUAGGAUAGUUUUGUCAGCAAUCAGUCGUACUGUCAUUGUAGGCGACGGUUCCCCAUGCUUUGUCACAUGUACACAGUCAUUAAUUCUUGGCAACUUUUGCGGGUGUGAUAUGACAUGUACAGUUUGCAGUAUUUCAUUAAUUCUAAUUUUAAAUUGUUUAGCCACUAAAUUCAAAGAGAACCAGAUAUGAAUCUGAAACAAAGAGUAGGCUUUGUGUAAUUUUUCCAGACAUCAGUGAAAAUGCUAUUGAGUUGGCAGCUACUAGAAGUAAAAGCCUUGAUGAAGCAGUUGAUGCCAUGCUUUCUGAAAAUUCAAACACGGAUGAAGGUACUGUAGUUUUUUGUGUUUCAAUUAACUCGUUAACUGGCAGUACUCUUCCUUCCACUGACAAGUAAAUUUGUCUGGCGUUACUGUACAGUCUUUUUGGGCUGUGGCAGUAUAAAAUAUAUUGCAUAAUAUACUAUUACUAUACAACAAAGCAUGUGGUUAGCUUUUAGGUGUACAGCAACCUUAAGAAAUGGUAGUCCAUGUAAUGCCGUGAGUGCCACCUUUCUACCUAGGGAGAGGGGUCAUGGGACAUGCCCAGAAAAUGUUGAUAUUUAGAGUGAUUUUAGACCCUCUGGAAUACCAUUUUUUAGACAUAUUUCUGGAAUGUUAUUUUGAAGACAUUGAGAAUGUUAUUUUGAAGACAUUUCCGCUGUGAAAGAAAAGUUCUGUGCUGCAGAACUAUUUAGUAUUUUUGAAGGUCCGCAUAGCAGAUUGUUGUUCAGGUAUGAUCAAUCUUGUCUGGCAGGUGGAAUACCAGAGAUUUUAGGAAAAUUGGUGGCACAAAGUCUCGUACACGGUUGUGGUGGAUUCUCAUAUUUGGCGCCUUCGCAUUACUAUUACAUAGCAACUACAGACAUACAGAGAGCAUCAGCUUAUGCUUCCAUUAAUGAUGUGUACAACACAGAAAAACGUGACAUGCUGGACAAGGUACAGUACAGCAUGUUGUCUAUCAGUUUUAUAAAUUACCGCGAUAACACGUUGGAAGUUGACAAAAUUGUUUGGAAGUUGACAGUCUGUGUAUUCAUGCACAUUACCAAUGCUUAUAUGCCAAUAACGGCCGGUGGCAUAUGGAAUUUGUUAGCACUCUCCUGUGUUUCAAUAUAAUUCUAAACACAGCCCCUUCGACAUGCACGGUUCAUGCAAUGUAAUUCAAUGUUCUAUUAACAAUAUGACAAUGUAUAAUCUGAACUCAAUGGUCCAAAUAAUAGCUUGAAGGUUGGGGGACAAUGCAUUUUUUAAGGAUUUUUCAGCGGUGGGGCAAAACUGCCAAAAGGCCCAUUUUCUUUGCCCUGCCCCCAGGAUAGUAUGCGAUCGCCGAAGGUGUGAGCCAAGUACUGCAGGUACGAGUUAGUUCUGAAAUAGCAUUUCCUGCAUUCUGAGAACACAUUUAAAAAAAAUCUCAGCUUCUCAAAACACAGGCGGCGCAAUCUCGCAAGGGUCAGUAUAAUAAUGUAUAUUAUUAUAGUAAAAAUAUGUCAUAAAAUAUAAAUUUUAAAAUGAAAUUGACUUGCCCACUUGAUAGUGUGUAUUCUCCUUUUAUUCCUGUUUUGUUGGACUAAUAUUUUCCAAAGUCUCGGAAAAUAUUAGUCCAACAAAAGAGGAAUAAAAUGAAAAUACACACUAUCAAAUAGGCAAGUCAAUUUCAUUUUAAAAUUUAUAUUUUAUGACAUGUUUUUACAAUAAUAUACAUUGCAACACUGAGUCUGACCUUGCGAGAUUGGUCCGCCUGUGCUCAAAACAAAGUUUUAAUGGUGAAAUUUGUACUUAAUAGUUUUUAAUCAUUGUCACUCAAAUAUCUUAGUUUCUUUCCUUCCUAUCCAAAUGGGAUUAGAUAAUUUGCUGACAACCUGACGACUGGGGGCGGUUCCCACACUCAUCCAUCACCCACCCAUUUAGCGGCACCCAAUUGACUGUUCUGACUUUUAUAUGAUGGAAUGUCGAGAAUGUGAGAAGAUAUGAGAAAGUAGGCAGAUGCAGCUUUUUCAACAAGGUUUACUUUUUACUAAUGAUCAAAAGGGCCCAGUUCAACUGAGAAUCUUGCUUCACUACUGGGGUAAACAAAGGGCCUACUGGAGUAAAUGCCCCAGUAGUUAUAUAGUUAAAAAAUGCCCUGGUGGGGGAAGGCAAAUUAGCAAUGCUUAAAAUUAGGCAGAGCCUGUCAAAAUGUAGGGGUUGAUAUUAAUCUGAGUAUUUUCUUAACCUAGGGCACGACAAAUUUACUGGCGGCCCUGAUUUUAUUUACAGUACCUUCUAUCUGCAACUGCAUAGCAUCACCCUAAACACGGACUACAGUACUCAGUAAUUGUUAUAUAAUUUGUUAUAUAUAUUAUAGUUGAUAUCAGCUAAGGAAAAUGAUGAACUCCAAGAAUUGAACUCAUCUGAACCAUUCCUAAAUGUUCUCCAAGAUAGUGGAUUGGUAACCUUACCAAAUGUAUGUACACCUCAACCCCAUAUUGCCAAAUGCCUACUGCAGCAUAUGUACUCUGCUAUUGUGCUGCCUCUGAUCUGCUUGCAUGAUAACAAAUUUGGAGCAAUGUGGGAAAAAUCCAUUUUGUUUAGGGAGUGGUCAUUAUUUAUGGGGAGGGGGUGUAUGGGUGUCAGCGAAUGGGAAAAUGCUGAUAGAAAACAUUUUCAACCCCCCCUUGAACAUUGAAGGUAAAUUUUUUAACCCCCCUUUGAUGGAAACAGUAUAGAUAAUGACCACUCCCUUAAUUGUGACCACUCCCUUAAUUGCAUUAUAUCCUUGCUUGUGACAUGUCUUACUGUGUCACUGAACUUUUAAGCCUAAUAGUCUGUAAUAUUUUGUAAUUACAAAUCAAACAUUUGCUUUCUUGCGUGUAGGUUGACAACAGCAUUGCCAUUGCUGAAGCCAUGGUGUCCUAUCAUGUGCUUGUGAAGAGAGCUGUCAUGCUAGACAAUUUUGCAAAGGGUCUCCAGACGCUAGGGGUCCUUGAAGAAAUUAGGAAAAACCCUAGCCAGUUUGAGGAAGUUUUCUUACACAAUGAGAAAGCUGUGAGCGCAUCUGCUGUCUUGUAA